AUGGCCCCGGAAGUUGUGGCUGUUGAACGCAAAGGUGGGUACGAUGAAAAGUGUGAUAUUUGGGCGGUGGGAAUUACUGCCAUCGAAUACGCCGAACUACAGCCUCCGAUGUUUGAUCUGAACCCGCUUAAGGCACUUCGUAUCCUAAGUAUGAAAAAUUACAAGCCACCAACUUUGCGGAAUAAGUCGAAGUGUGUCUUUUUUUACUUCACCCAGCACGAAUUCGUGACCCAGCCACAGUUAUCGCAGAGUCUGACCCUACGACUUCUCCAGCAGAACCGGAACCCAGAGCCGAUUGAUUUCGGGCAGCCGCAGGCGGCUGCAGCCCCGGUGGCGGCGGCUGCGGCCGGUGGUCCGUGCAUUCGCCCGCAGCCCGCCAACCAGGCGGCGACACCCGUCCCGCACCCGCGGGCUCUGCCGUCGGCGUGCGGGGUCGCAGCGAAGCGGCCCUUGCCGGCCAAUGCUCCCACAACAAACGGCUCAUCUGCUAAGGGCCACCUUCCCUCAAAGGCGCCUUAUGUACUUCCUGAGGGCGUUGAUAUAAAGGCAAGUUACUAUGUUGUUUUUCUCACCACCCUUUCCUUCCUACUAUCACCAUAUUGCGAGCCUCCAGCAACUCGUUUUCCAUUCUCCUCUGCCGGAAUGGAAGCUGCGAGCAAAUACGUAGCUACCCAUAAAGAGGAAGUGGGUGUCGUGACUUCACCUAAACCAAAAACGCCUCCAACAUCGGUGCCUGCUGCUACCAAUGGAGUCCCUGAGCGCAUUCUCCCGACUCCUGCUGGCAAUAUUUACCCCCGCUUUCCAGUGCGGGGAAAGCGACUCGAGGACGUGCGCAUUAUGGACGAAUUGGCAGCUCCACUGCCCGCUUACGCAGCUAAUACGCCAACAGCGAGCCCCGCCCCGAAACCCGCAACACCGGUUCCCUCGCCCACCGCUUCUGCCGCGUCCUUUUCCUCCGCCUCUACAUCGCCCUGUAGCACCAUCUCGACAACGUCCUCAUCGGGCUCCCGGUCUGGCUCCUCCGAAGGUGCUUCCUCCUCGAGUGACGAGCAGGUUGAUGAGGAAGAGGAAGAUGGAGACGCGGAAGGUGGUUCAUCCGAUGGUGACGCCUCUGAAAAAGAGGGUGAACCGAGCACCCUCGGCCCCUCAGAGGGUCUGAUUGCGGUGCCUCUUGAUGACACAACUCCCGCGCAGCCGAGUCGCUCUGCGAUUGCUGUGCCCUGUACCGGUUCUCCAUGUAAUGGAAGCUCUAAGACAACCACGGGCACCCCCGAGAAAACGAAAACGAUGGAGGAAGAAGAAGAAGGGGAGGAAGCGGGGGAGGGAGAGGAGCGAACGCGAACUCUGACGACGUCGGAUUUCGCAGCUGCAGACUUGGACCUCGACGUUGCCGAUGAGCAGCUACUGGCGGCCGACGGUGUGCUGACACUGGGCAAAUGCUCAUCCAAAAGAACGGACUCAACGGGUGGAGGGGAUAGAAUCAGCGAAUUCGGUUUCCGAAUGCAUGGUAACCCAUCGGAGGAGGAGGAAGAAGAUGAAGAGGAGCCUGAUUUCGAUGACAUCGAUCCAGAGGCCGGAUUUAUAUCACAUCCGGAUGUGCUGAAGGCGGCUAGGGGUGAAGCCGCUGUGGCCGAGUCUCCUGGAGCAGAUUCGAGUGGGUGCGCUAAGAACGAUGUCGAGCAGCUCCAGCGUCGCAGACCGCGCCGUGGCAAGUCCGACCCCAAGUCGCAGCCACGGCGCAGGCCUCCGCGUCGCCAGUCCUCGGAAUUAACUGAACCCGGCGACAGCAACGCCGGCAGUGUCGCUUCGCAGGGACCUUCUGUUGGGGCGACGAACGCCGUAUCCAAAGACUCCUCCUCAAGUAAUGACUUCUUUCCCGAAAAGACCGGAGCAGAGCUGGCGGAUAUGCUUAGGCAACUGAAGUUUGCGCAAAAAUUCGCUUGGCUUGCUGGUGAGCCAUCAGCAGCACCCCUUGGCCUUUCAUCCUUUAAUCCGGGCUCUGUUCCUGCCCUUCAUCAUGCAACGAGUUCCCCGGACGCCACCCACUUCUUCCCCACCGGUAAAGCAGGCGGUGACGGUCCCCAGGCGCCUCCAGCCUCGCUCACUCCCAAGGCGCCAGUGAACACCGAGAGCAGUGCCGCACUGCGCCCCAAAACGUCGGCACCAGAAAUGUCCUUGACAAGACUCUCCUCGUCGCCUUUCAACGCCUCCCCUCCCGUCGCCUACUCACCUUUUGCCCUCUCCAGUGGAGUACAGUCGGUUAUAAGCCUUGCCGAGACGCCCACCAACGAACAGCGCACGCCACUGACCACUGCGAGCGGCGAUUCCACAAGCACCACCCCAACACCUAAUGUCGCUGAACCGGAGGCGACCCAUAACCUGCCACCUUCGACCUCGAAGGAUACCGUAAUUUCACCACCGCAUUUACCUGAAAAAACCAACUCCAAAGAAGACGUUUCCUUUGAGAAAUCUGAACCCUCUGCAACUCCCCCGCCUCCUUCGCCACCGAUGCGAGACAGCGGCAAGAGCCUUCUUCCGGAACGCACCGAUGGCAGUGAGCCUUCUGCCUCACCCGAACCCCUCUCCUCGUCUACGGUUUCCUUGUCGAAGCCUCCUCCGCAACAACAGCAACACGCCUUCACAUCUCCCUGCCUUCCCACUCAAUCUCUUGAAACACCCGUGAUCGCACCAACAUCUCGCAGCCUUGUGAGUCAACAACCGCAGAAUCAACCAGUCGCCAGCACGAAACAGGAGGCAGCAAACCUGCUGGCUUGUGCUGGACGGACCAAUGCUUUGCAUAGAAUACUAGAAGAGCACCAGCACCUGGAGGGUGGAAUCAAGUUUCCUUCCGGUGCAGCCCCCCUUGCCAAUCAGGAGGACGAGGAAAUCGAUGAGGCAGAAGUCGAUUUGCAGGUGCCGCUCCCUCGUCCAGUCACUCAUCCGCGUCGGAUACGCAGCGCCUCUGAUCUCUCUUGUGGACGUCCACUUCCUUCCUUUCCCUCUCGUCAAAAUCCUGCCUUUUUUUCCUGUCCAGAAUUAUUUAAUAUUCCCCGUUACAUUCUAACCCAACGGCGACGCCGUCCAAAGCGAACAGCAUCAGCUCCCUCUGUCACCAAAGACAAUAACGCCAAAAUCUCAGUCACUAACGCCCCUCCUCCAGAGGUCUUAAAAUCGGUUCCCAUUGAACCGCCUAUUAAAAAACCCUCGACGUCAUCGGGUGAACAACAACGAAUUCUGCCCACCGCGUAUCUAUCCCCACAGCCGUCAAGGUUGCUCAGACGUCUUAGGCAAAGUUCCGUGGCGAGCGGCAGAUCCAGACCGACUUCGGCGUCAGUUCCCUCAAUGGAGCAAUGCCUUCAGAAGUCACCGAGAAUGGGUGUCAGCGUCUCCGGAUGCUACGCCACCCCACCUUGGCCGCAUCAAACCACCAUCGGCCUACCACCCACACCCCAAGUUCGCAUGGGAGCCUGUUUCACUUUGGUGUUCGAAGGUUGUCCCCUCACCAUCAAUUCGACGGCAAGUUGGGUCAACCCGGCGAAUAAUGGGCAAAUUUUGCUCUUCGGGAGCGCUGAAGGCAUUUAUUUUCUAAGUCUUAAGGAUCUUGCAGACCGCUCUUUGGAACUGCUUUCAUCUCGCUUCUGCCACUGGCUGGCGGUUGUGCAGAAUACCAUGGUCUCAAUGUCAGGAAAUCCACCCCACCUGUACACCCACAACCUCACCACUCUCAUGAAGAUGAAGGCUUCUGGACAUUCGAUGAACGCCAAGAUCAACCGCAUCUCUAAUUUCUUUCCAAAGCGUUUUUCUCCCUCUAAUAAAGUGCCCAAAACGAAGGGCUGCCUCAGAGCCAGUCUGGUACGAAGUCCGUUCACCGGUGCCCGCUACCUUUGCGCUGCCUUCUCCCAUGAGAUCCUCGUCAUGGAGUGGGUCAACACCCUUUCUACCUUCAUCGAGACCAAGCGGGUCCCAGUCUCAAAUGCCCCCCAACCGCUGACCACAUUCAACCUUCUGGUUCAACAGGAUUUGAGAUUUCCCUUGGCUUGUCUGGGUGUCUAUAGGCAUCAUUCACGCCGGGGCAUGGCUGGCGAACGCUACCGGUUGCAUCUCAUCGAUCUGAACGCGCCCGCCUCCACCGGCACCGGCCCUGGCCCCUCCUCCCACCACGUGGACCCGAUCCCACCCCCGAAUUGCCCUCUCUCUCCUCCUCCUCCUGGCGUUCCAGCUGACCACAAGAAAUCCCCCAAGUCCCGUCCCCAGUCGGGCUUCUUUGCCCACGAACUCCUUCCUGAGGACGCAACUGGCGCAGCCAAUAUUGUCAGGAACAAUAAUUCCGUGUUUCUGGAAUCCGACCGAUUGCCCAUUGUCAGUGUAAUUCAACUUCUCAAAAAUACCGUCCUUGUUUGCUUUUCGGACUGUGCGAAGCUGGUGAGCUUCAACGGCCGGUUGCGGAAGAAGUUGCAACAGCCAAACACUAUCUCAUUCGAUGGCCUAAAAAUCCAGUCGGUCGUUGGCCUUCGUGACAGCCUACUAGUCUUUCACCGACAUGGUUUCUUGGGUAAAAGCUUCACUGGGGAGCUGACCCAAGAAAUUAACGAUGACAAGCAUAUUUACCGGGUUCUAGGUCAUGAUCGGAACAUCGUUGUUGAAAGUCGACCAAUUGGUAGUUCCUCCAGCAACUCCAACAUCUACCUUCUUGCCGGACACACCGACAAUCUCGCAUAG